AGACAAUUCUCAACAGAUAUUCUCACAGCACACUUCACUUACUAAAAGCUGACGAAUGGCCGUGGUUUAUCAAACAAAUUACACUGAAAUGGUAGCGCUUCAAUCUAACAGCAUCUUUAAGUAGGCCUGAAGAGCCCAUACACACUUCAUAAGAUAAGGAUAGAGAGGGCAUUGUGUAGGUGACACUUUCGGAGAGCCUCUUAAUGUUUACAGGUAGCCAACACAGACAGAAGCACCCUUUUUCAAGCCUGUGUUUCAAACUUUGACCUCUUCAGGUAAGUGAAUAUGAUUCAUUUGUCUCUUUGAGAAAGGGGCAGAGAGUUUUAUGUCCAGUAAAAUAAUGCACUAUUUCAAUCUUUUUUUAAGAUUGAAUAGAUAAACUAUCAUUUGUGUAGGGUUUUGAAUCCUCAUUUGAGUGCUUUCUGAAUGCAUGUAAUGCAUUAGCAUUUAUUUGAAAGCAGGUUCCUUGUUAAAUGUAAUUAAAUUCAUGUUUGUCCUCACUUUUCUAUACAUACAUCAAAUAAGAUUGCAACUAGUAGACCUAAUGAUCUGUCCCUUAACGACCAUGAAAUACUCCACCUUUUCUUCGGUUUUUAAGGAUCUGUAACCUAACGAAUGCAGAUCUCAACCUGAUUCUCCGUUUUCUUUUUGAUCCGUCAACUAUCCCCUGCUUCACUCAGAUCUCCAGCUGAUCCUCAGCGUCUAAGAUGGGGAGGAAGAAGAUCAGCAUUUCCCGCAUCCUGGACGAGAGGACCCGACAGGUCACCUUCACCAAGCGGCGGUUCGGUCUGAUGAAGAAGGCGUACGAGCUGAGCGUCCUGUGCGACUGUGACAUCGCCGUCAUCGUCAUCAGCGGCAGCAACAAGCUGUUCCAGUACGCCAGCAGCGACAUGGACCGCACGCUGCUGAGGUACACGGAGCACGGCCAGGCCACGCAGAGCCACACCAACGCCGACAUCGUGCAGGCGCUGAGUAAGAAGGAGCAUCGACGCUGUGCGCCUCCUGAUCACCUGACCCCCAAACCGACCAAUCACGACGGGCCGCCAGGGCGUCAGGUCAACGCCACGCUAACCCCACAUCACCGCAUGACUUCACCCUGA